CUGAAGCUCCCACGCUCACAAAUAGCUUUACAAUACCACACCCUGGUGCCACCUUCGCCACAUAACCUUACCUUAGGCUCAUACCACACAAGCCCAUUUUGUCAACUGACCAUGACCCCUUCCAUCGGGACUCGGAUCGCGCUCUCUGGGUAUCUGGGUACUAUUAGGUAUGUGGGAGAAGUUGAAGGCACCAAAGGGACUUGGCUCGGGGUCGAAUGGGACGAUCCCUCUCGGGGAAGGCACGAUGGUGUCAAAGACGGAAAACGCUACUUCACCUGCUUAGUGCCGAACUCAGGAUCUUUCAUCCGGCCGACGGCUACAAUUGACUAUGGCAAGCCAUUUCUCAGGGCCCUGAUCGAGAAGUACAUCGAGUUGCCACAAGGAUCGCAGGAGACGGUCAUCCUGGGCUCCUCAAACGGUGCUAUCGAAGUCGAGGCGGUUAACCUCGAUAAGAUCCGUGGCAAACUAUCCCAGCUCGAGCGAUUGCGAGCAAUCAGUCUGGAUAGAGAAUCCGUGUCCUCUGUGGGUCCACCUGGAGAAAUUCGAAGUAAAUGCACGAGUGUCAAAACCCUUGAUCUGUCGUACAGUCUAAUACCGAGUUGGGACGUUGUUGCUCUCAUAGCAGACGAACUUCCACAGCUCGAACGUUUGGCCCUAAAUGAUAACCGCUUCCAACCGCUACAGUCACCGGAAUUAGCCCGCCGCGCAUUCGAAAACUUGAUUGAGUUGGAACUGAACAGUUCACUCGUGCCUUGGCAGGACAUGCUAGAAAUUGUCCACUUGAUACCCUCUCUGAAGAAUCUAGAGUUUGGAUACAACCAUCUAGAGAAACUUUGCCCUUUCACCCUUCCCUCGGGUUUUUCAUCGAAUUUGGAAGUUUUGAAUCUAUAUGAAAACAAGCUAUCCGACUGGGUCGACGUGACGGAAGCUCUACAGCCUUUCCCUAGGCUCACAAGACUUAUCCUUUCCUCGAAUCCUCUCGCAUUGAUACCAUUCCUCUCUUCAGACAAGUCAUCCACCGCACUUCUUAGCCUCAAGCAUCUCGCUCUUACUUCUACGAAGAUCGCGUCGUGGUCUUCUAUCGACGCCUUGUCUCGCUGGUGCCCGGCCCUUGAGGGGUUUCACAUUAGCGAGGUUCCUAUCACAGACGAGGAUAGUGAGGCUGGUCGGGCGUGGCGCCAAUUGAUCAUCGCACGAAUUCCAACACUGCUCAAUUUAGAUGGCACUACUAUAACUUCUAGGCUUAGAAUGGACUCCGAGCUUUUCUAUCUCUCGUACAUCGCACGGACGGAAUGGCCUUCCGAGGAUGCUUUGCGCGCUGAACAUCCUCGAUGGGACGAAUUAUGCAACUUACAUGGUGCCCCGAUACCGGUCGCCUCGCAUGGUCCCAAGGAGGACAAACUUAGUAAUCGUCUCAUUCAACUUUCAGCAACAAUGACUUCCACAUCACCGCCGACACCGACAUCGUUAUCGACACCCAUUGCUGUCCGUGUCCUCCCGACAGCCCCGCUCCGACACCUUCGCCUCAAGUUGCUGAAGUCGUUCAAAGCACCGAGGGGAUCUCAAACAGAGGUGUGGUUGAAGAUGGCGGAUGGGAAAUUCUCAGAGCUUGGUGGUGGAGGUCUGGGUGAUGAGAGUGCAGAGGAAGCUCGAGAGGUAGAAUGGUGGUUGGAGGAAGGGUCGGAGUUAGCUGUUUUUAUCAAGAAAUAG